AGCUAGGCAUUUACUGCUAUCAACUUAAUACCUAGGGUAGAAGUUGAUUCAGGCCUAACAACCAUGCAGCUUACACAGCAGCGCCUUUCGGCUGGAAGCAGCCGCGUUCGCAGCGCUCCUGUCUCUCGUCGUGCUGUGGUUGUGAAGGCCACUGCUGCCCCACCGGCCCCGGCGGCAGACAAGAAGCUGUUCCAAUUUGAUGGCGCGCUGUCAGAGGUGGACCCUGAGAUUCACUCCCUCAUUACCAAGGAGAAGUCCCGCCAGGUUCGCGGCCUGGAGCUCAUUGCGUCUGAGAACUUCACCUCUAAGGCGGUGAUGCAAGCUCUCGGCAGCUGCAUGACCAACAAGUACUCGGAGGGCCGCCCCAAUGCUCGCUACUAUGGUGGCAACGAGUACAUUGACCAGGUCGAGCUUCUGUGCGAGAAACGCGCUCUGGAGCUCUUUGGCCUGGACCCCAAGGAGUGGGGCGUCAACGUGCAGCCGCUGUCGGGCUCCCCAGCCAACUUCGCGGUGUACACGGGCCUGCUGCAGCCGCACGACCGCAUCAUGGGCCUGGACCUGCCGCAUGGCGGCCACCUGACCCACGGCUUCAUGACCGCCAAGCGCCGGGUGUCCGCCACCUCCAUCUUCUUCGAGUCCAUGCCGUACCGCCUGAACGAGGAGACGGGCACCAUCGACUACGAGGCGCUGGAGAAGUCCGCGGCGCUCUACCGGCCUAAGCUCAUCAUUGCGGGCGCCUCCGCCUACUCCCGCAACUAUGACUACGCGCGCAUGCGGGCGGUGGCGGACGCCAGCGAGGCCUACCUCAUGAGCGACAUGGCACACAUCAGCGGUCUGGUUGCCGCUGGCGUGGCUGACUCGCCCUUCCCGCACUCCCACAUCGUCACCACCACCACCCACAAGUCACUGCGCGGGCCCCGCGGCGGCAUGAUCUUCUACCGCCGCGAGCUCAAGGACAAGAUUGACCAGGCGGUCUUCCCGGGUCUGCAGGGCGGCCCCCACAACCACACCAUCAGCGCGCUGGCAGUGGCGCUCAAGAUGGCCAACACGCAGGAGUUCAAGACGUACCAGCAGCAGGUUGUUGCCAACUGCCAGGCGCUGUGCCAGCGCCUCCAAUCGCAUGGCUACAAGGUUGUGUCCGACGGCACCGACAACCACCUGGUGCUCAUCGACCUGAAGCCGGCGGGCAUUGACGGGGCGCGAGUGCAGACGGUGCUGGACCAGGUUUCCAUCACCCUCAACAAGAACUCGGUGCCGGGUGACAAGUCCGCCAUGGUGCCCGGCGGCAUCCGCAUCGGCACCCCCGCGCUGACCACCCGCGGGUUCCAGCAGCGGGACUUCGAGGCGGUGGCGGACUUCAUCCACCGGGCCAUCGUGAUCGCCAAGGACUGCCAGGCCAAGACCCCCGCCCCCGGCAAGCUCAAGGAGUUCAAGGAGUACGUGGAGGUGGCGGGCGCCAGCCGUCCCGACAUCCUGACCCUGCGGGCGGAGGUGGAGGCGCUCGCGCAGAGCUUCCCCAUGCCCGGUCUGUGAGGAGCAGGGCGGGUAGAGGAGCGGGACGGGAGGGGCCGGCAGGAAGCCCCUGCUCAGGGUGCCCACCUCGGCUGUGCUGUCCUGCGGGGUUGUGCCCCUGGGCCCACGCGGACUGUGAGAGAAGCAGAACACAGACACACGCGGGCUGAGGUCUUUUGCGGCUGCUGUGCUGUGCUCGUUGAAUGAAGGCCUGGUCCGCGAACUGCAAGCAGGAGAGGCGGGGAGAGUGGUUGCAGGCACCUGGGCGUGCUGUUAUGGCUGUGCUAGUGGUGGGGUCGUGGUGACGGGCGUUCCGGUUUCCGGGGUGGAGGCGCUUCUGCAGGGGUGUCCGGUGGCAGAGCUGCAAGGGGAGAAGGAGGAGUGUAUUUGCUUUGCAUGGUUGGGAGAGGUGGUGGAAAUGUGGAGCGUCAUGGUGUGUUAAAAUAACUGGCCGCGAGUAGGAACAUACUGGGAUGUCGGAAGAUGAAGUCCCCACAGAACCGCCAUGGUGUGUGUGUGUGUGGCUCCAUGUAUCUAUUAGUGGUGCGCUUGCUGGCUUGGCUAGUUGAGAAGCACUGGCGUGGCGUGUCAAGGAGGCACAUCGGGUGGGUGUGCCUUCCAUUAGGCGUUGACGACAUGUCCCCAUACUUGGGGUCGACACCGGGCUUGCUGGCGGCCGAUUCAAAGGCUGAAGCUUGCAUGCUUGUUUUCUGUCGCCGAUCCUGUGCCGUACAUUAAACAGGGUAGACUGGUAUAUACCAUCCUUGUGACUGCUUGUUUGGACGGGUUGAAACACUCAAAAGAGUGCAUCUGGGCGUAUGGAAGAAGCAUGUUUGAAAGGGAAAAGGGGAAGGAGGCCCUUAACGCCAGAAGAUGGGAGGGACGAAGGCUUCUGACUGCGUCGCUUGGUUGUGACGACAACGCAGCAGCUGCAGAAGUUAGAUUCCGCGGGGUGGUCAGGGGGUUAGGCGCUUUAAUGGCCUCUCGACAUCACAAUAACAGCCACGGGAGGAUUGUUGUGUGAAUAACGGCCUAAUGGUGUGGGGCUUACGUACGCGUGUGCCAACCGUGCUUGCAAAUGUACGACAGUCUGUGAUGCUGUGUGUGUUUGACGGCGUACGUACCAUCUGUGGUUUGUCGUACUCUUGGGAGGCGAGGCGACCUAUUAUUGAGUGGAGGAAUGCCGUGUCGUGCACAGUACGCACGGCAUCAGGCGAGUGUGUUCCGUACGGUUUGCGUGCAUGCAUGUACACGGAUGCGCUUGCAUGCGUGCGAACCCUUUUUUUGUUGCGUGGGUGGGAGGG